AUUCUUAUUCCCAGGAAUUUCUAGCUUUUUUUUUCACUAUUAUUUCCCUAUCUUUCCAAUUCUAAUAUAAUAACAUCAACAGUGUCAACAUGGUUUGCCAAAGCAAUCAAGUGGUGCAACAAGUCUGCGAAUUGUACGAAAAGAUCACCAAAUUGGAAAGCUUGAAUCCGUCCAAGGAUGUCAACAUGCUGUUCACAGAGCUUGUGAAUACGUGCAUGCCCCCAAAUCCUAUUGAUGUUUCUAAGCUCUGUCAAAAGAUUCAAGAAAUUAGGUCUCAUCUCAUCAAGCUCUGUGGUGAAGCUGAAGGACUUCUUGAAAGUCAUUAUUCCAAGAUUCUUGGCUCCUAUGAAAACCCUCUUCACCAUCUUAAUAUUUUCCCAUAUUUCGACAAUUACAUCAAACUAAGCUUGCUUGAGUUCAACAUCCUCACCAAACAAACCGCCAUAACCCCGGCCCGAAUCGCCUUCGUUGGAUCGGGCCCUCUCCCUCUAACUUCUCUGGUUUUAGCUACCAAGCAUCUUAAGAGUACCUACUUUCACAAUUAUGAUAUUGACUCUGCGGCCAAUUAUAUGGCGUCCCGCCUCGUGGCAUCUGACCCUGACUUGUAUGAGAGGAUGACUUUUCACACUACAGAUAUCAUGGAUGUAACGUGUCCCUUGAAGGAAUAUGAUGUUAUCUUCUUGGCGGCCCUCGUGGGGAUGGACAAGGAAGAAAAGAUUAAGGUCGUUCAUCAUUUGGCUAAGUAUAUGGCUCCUGGAGCAAUACUGAUGCUGAGAAGUGCACAUGGUGCGCGCGCUUUUCUCUACCCUGUCGUCAAUUCUCGUGAUCUCAAAGGCUUCGAGGUUUUAUCUAUCCACCAUCCAACAGACGAGGUUAUUAACUCUGUCGUUAUUGCUCGUAAGUUGCCGCUGCAGCCACUUGAUCAAGGAUUUGGGUCCAUUGUGCUUCCGAGCAAAUGUGCUUGUGCUGAGAUUCAUUCGUUCAAUCAUAUGAAUAGGGUUAACGUGAUUGAAGAAUUGUCACUAGAGGAGCAACUUUCUUGAAGAGACUCAUAUGAUAUGUUGGUGAUUUGAUUUAUGUUUUAUUUGUGUCCCACUUGGAGUUGUAGCCCUUAAUUUCCAUUUUGGUUCUCAGUGCUUUCCUGCUUCCCUAACCGUUCGAUCCACUUCCUGAACGUGUCCCAUUAUCCCUUUGUCUCAUCUCUAGGAAAUAAGAUGACCAUUCGGCAUUUGUUU